GUUUACAGCAGCAACAAAAACAUCAUCGUUGUCAAAGUUCAAUUCUAUGUACUGAUAUCGACUUUCUAGGGAGAACAAUUUUAUGUAUAAGGUGACAUGGCAGCAACAAGAAGCAUAGAAAGCUACGUUGAGGAUGUCUGUAAAUACAUUGACAAGUGGGACUACAAGAACAUGAACAAAGUCUACGAGACAUUGCAGAAAAUGAAAUCCAGCUUCAAAACUAAACACUUCCUAAACUAUUGGAAGGUCCUGCAGUGUAUUGGAGAGGUGGCCGCAGACAGACUUAUCUAUAUGGUAGUAAAGAGUCCAAAAGCGUCCUGUCAGAAACAUACCAUCUCGCACCUUCUUCACGUCAUGGAGUUAUUCAGCGAGUGUUUAACGACGGUGGCCCUCAUCAAGAGAGUUAACUCUUACAAGGAUGACAUUUUGCCUGUUGUUUUCUUAGCCCUGGAGCAGAGAGAAUAUCCAGAACUUGUUAGGAAAGGCUUCAUUGUGUUGUACAGAAUGAUUAUUGUAGGAAAAGCAUCACUGGUUGUGCCGUACAUGAAGCAUGGAAUUGUCAGACACAUGUACCAACAAAUUAAAUGUCGUCAAGGAGCAUUUGGAAUUUAUUGUCUUGAAGCAGUUUCUUAUUGUGCCAAAAUUUUAGCAGCCUUACUGCAGCUGGGUAAUAGUGAUUCACGAAGAACCAUCUUAAAGUCUAAUGUUAUUAAUGAACUGGAUGUGUACGCGGUUAAGCUUCAGAAAUCAAAGGUAGAAUGGGACGGAGCAGAGGAUGUAUUUGAAUACCACGAUCGUGUCCGCAUGUUGUGCAUUGAUGACAGUUUAACAAGUUCCCUAAAACCAGAGGACUGGAAUCCAAAAGAAAAGCUGAUAGAGGAGCUGGAACAGUUUUAUGAAGCGUACAUUUUCUGUUCGUCACCAGCUUGUCGGAAGCUAGAGACUGAUAAAGAGAAGUUUCUGUAUUGUGGUAAAUGCCGAUUAUCCAGAUAUUGUUCACCAGAGUGUCAGAGGGAACAUUGGAAGCAGGGUCACAAGGAGAUGUGUCUACAUGAUUAUGGACCAGAAUUGUAGAGAAACAGUUCUAUUGAAGGAGUGGUUUUUUUUUUUUAUUCUUCAGCCAUGGUAUGGGAUUGAAAGGCGUAAUAGACUGGAAAUUUGAAGUGGACAGAUGUAGUAAAUGGGUUUUGUAUAACCACCAAAGACAAAGCAACCUGAAGGGAAAAAAAGAUGUUAACUGUUCUUGACCAUGAAAAAUUCUCAGAAAACAUUUGAAACUUGGAUUUCCACAGAAAGCAGAAUUUGGUUUAAUCCAAAGGAGUUUGAAUGGUUUUUCUUUUAUGCAAUUUACAACUUGCGUGAUCAUGUUAAAACAGGUACUUGACGUUAUUUUUUUUAUCACAAAAAGAAAUGUAAUCUCCUACCUAUUAAUUCAAUCACAAGUUAUCGAGGGGGGAGGGGCUAUAUUUUUUGUGAUAAGAAAAUAAUAUAAUGUCAAGUGCUUACAUGUGCAUGUAAACAAGUAGUGCUAGUUCAAUAGUUUUUUAAUGUUAGACCAUUUCAUUUUAUUUUACCAUGCUUUGUUGAAUUUGUUUUUCUUCUACGUUUCACUCCAGGAAAAGAAACCUAACAUCUUAAAAGUACCGGUAUGUAAAUGAUACUGAAUGGAAUAAGAUAAUUUACAAGAUGAAGUAUGAAAAAUAAAUGUAUAAUUUUGCCUUCUGUAAUGUAAUACUGUUAUAACAUUUAUGGAAAUUUUUUUUAUGUUGCCUUAAACAUGAAUUCGUCUGUACUAAUUGCAAGUACCAACAAAUUCUUUUUAAAAAUGUUGACUUCAGUGUUCAAUAAAACAUUCUGUUGAAUUGA